AUGAAAUUGAAAAUAUCAGUCGUAGCAGGAUUAUUAGCGGUAUUUGCAGGCGUUGCAGGUGCCACAGAUGGAAACAGCAACGUACUCCAACUCACAAAAGACAACUUUGAUCAUGUUGUCAAGCCUGCUGAUCUCAUGCUUGUCGAGUUCUAUGCUCCAUGGUGUGGCCAUUGCAAGGCUCUUGCUCCACAAUACGAGGAGGCAGCUGGUCAACUCAAAUCCAAGGAUAUCAGCCUCGCAAAGGUUGAUUGCGUUGAGGAGGCUCAAGUCUGCUCUGAGAACGAUGUAGGCGGCUAUCCAACACUCAAAGUAUUCAGAAAAGGUCUUGCAUCGCCUUACGGUGGAACUAGAAAGUCUGAAGGUAUCGUCAGCUACAUGACUAAACAAUCACUUCCACCUGUUUCUCAAGUUACCCCUUCAAACCACGACGAUUUUAAACAAUCCGAUAAAGUCGUCAUCAUGGCUUACAACCUCAAACCAAACACUGACUUAUACAAGACAUUCCACUCCACCGCCACUAACCUUCGCGAUAACUACCUCUUUGGUGAAUCUGAUGACUCAUCUGUUGCAAAGUCAGCUGGUGUCUCUGGUCCUUCCAUCGUCAUUUACAAGUCCUUCGAUGAAGGUCGUAAUGACGUAAACACUAAAUCUUUAGAUGAAAACUCCCUCACCGAAACUAUUAACAUCAACUCUAUUCCCCUCAUUGAUGAAAUUGGCCCUGAAAACUUCUCCCGCUACGCUACCUCUGGUCUCCCUCUCGCUUACAUCUUCGAGAACCCUGAAGACCCUAAGUUAGCUCAGCACGUUGAUGAGUUAAAGCCAAUUGCAGAGGAAUACAAGGGCAAAAUUAGCUUCGUCUGGAUUGACGGUGUCAAGUUUGUUGAGCACGGAAAGGCCCUCAACCUUAUCAAGGACGAAUGGCCUGGCUUCGUCAUCCAAGAUCUCCAGGCCGGUCACAAAUAUCCUAUGGACAUCACCAAACCCGUCUCUAAGAAGAAUGUCGCUCAAUUCGUCAAGGACUUUUCCAACGGCAAGGUAGAACCUUCCGUUAAAUCAGAAGCCAUCCCAGCUGAACAAACUGACUCAGCCAUCACCCUUGUCGCUGAUCAAUUCGAUGAAAUUGUCUACAACAACGAAAAAGACGUCUUUGUUGAGUUCUAUGCCCCUUGGUGUGGUCACUGCAAGCGUCUCGCGCCUGAGUGGGAGGCACUUGCGCAGAGCUACGAGAAUGACUCCUCUCUCACCAUCGCCAAAAUGGACGCCACUGCUAACGACAUCCCUCCCUCAACUAAAUUCUCCAUCUCCUCCUUCCCUACUCUCAAACUCCAGCCUGCUGGCACUAAAGAAUGGAUCGAUUACGAAGGUGAUAGAUCUCCUGAAUCCCUCCGCGAAUUCAUCAAAGAUAACAGAGGUACUAAGUCAGCAACCGAUGGUGACAAAGAGGCCCCUCACAAUGAACACAAGAAGGACGAGCUCUAG